AUGUCUCUGUAUAUUAGGUUUUUUUGUUCAAUUUUAAUUCUUACUAUUGUAAAGACGUCUCUGACUGAUAUUCCCUACUGUGACUAUUUCGAUACCGUCGAUAUAUCGGGUUUGGAAAGUGUCAAUGAUACUUAUAUAUACCAGGGCCUCACAAUUCCCUCUAACCUUACUGGGGAAUAUAACUACAAGAAGCUAAUGUAUGGUUAUGAGCAGCACGUGGAAAAACAUUUAAGAGCCUGUGCCUGUAAGCUAUGGCCCUGUGUCCGGAUCUGUUGCCCUCGCAAAAAUAUAUUGGCAAAUGGAAGUUGUAGCGAUGGCUUUGACGAGGAGAUUUCCAUGAAUAUGGUGGAUCUGACGUUAAUGGAAUCGAUGAAGAGGUAUCCAUCCUUUAAAGAUUUAAGGAUGGCGCCAAAGCUCCGCUUUCAAAAAUUGCUUGUGCUAAGAGAUGAGUUCCAAGCGAGUGACGAGUUGGUCAGCCCGAAGGAAGAUGAGUACACCAUAUUGUCGGAUGGAAGCCUAAUUUUCUUCAACACAAACGAGCUAUUUUACAAAGAAACGUACUGUCUAUAUCCCCAGAUUCCUUCGGACUUCCCAAAGUCCAUAUGGAUUGUUAAGCACAACCUUAUGGAAAUAUGGCCGACAGGAGUGUUUGAGACCAAGGUGGUAUCCCUUAUUUUCGAUAUCCUCACUGGUUUAGUGUAUCUUUACAUUAAGAAACUGCGGAACCUCCUCGGCAAGUGCAUUAUCUCUUGCGUUAUGUGCAGGUCCAUGGCGACCAUUUUUAGCUUGUUGUCUGAUAAUAAUUGGUUAAGCCAAUUUUGCUUGCUAAUAGGUUACAGCUUAAAACUCUUUAAUACGGCGACCCUUUUAUGGACGUCUGUCAUCAGCCAUCACUUGUGGAAAUUAUUGACGUCUAUGGGUCGUGAAGAACCUCGUAAUCAGUUUCUUAUAUACAGCGCCUUUGCCUGGGGCAUACCUGCUAUUGGAACUGGAGUUAUUUAUGUGAUUAAUCAAAUUUGGGAGAAGGAUCUCCAUAAAUGGAACAUGAUGCCUUUAAUUGGUUAUUAUAAAUGCGGUGAUGGCCCCAGUGAUUGGUUAAGCAGAGGACUAAUAGGGAUUUGUAUCAGUUUUAAUGUGAUCAUGUUUAUCCUCACAUUCGUUCACAUUUGGAAAACGAAGAGUGAGCUAAAAAAGCUUAUGCGGAAUAAAGAAAUGACAAUAACCUGUUUAAGUUUUGACACUAAGACUUACCUUUUGUUUUUGCGGCUCUCUGUAAUCAUGGGCGCGAUUUUGAUAAUGGAAUUUGUAAUUUUUUUUGGCGUUUUCAACGGUCGUUUUGUCUUAUUAUUGUACAACGUUUUUGGAAUUAUCGUUUUUAUUGUGCUCAUCCUUAAGCGCAGCACCCUAAUACUGCUCAUGGAAAGGUAA